CGUCCCGGUUGGGGAAUGGAGGAGAGGAGCGUGGGAACUGGCGCCCCGGCUCCGGGCACGGCCCAGCGGGCGCCGGCCGAACGCGGGCCGCCCCAGCACCGCGGCCGCCCGCCGCCGCUCGGCACCCCCGGCACCCGCCGGCGGCGUAGCUCGCGCCCAUUCUCCAACCACUGCGCGCCGGGCGGGGUUGCGGGGCCGCGGGGAGACCCUGCGCCGUUUGCGUAGCGCACGGCGCCCGCGCAGGCGCAGGAGGGGGCGGAGCCGCCGGAGCCGGGGAGCCGGAGCCCGGGUCCCAGCGGCCGGAGCUGGCUCCCCCAGAGGCGGACUGAGAGCCCGGCGCCGGCCUCCCCCGCCCCCCGCGGCUGGAGAGUGGACGCAGCGGGGUGGCUCGGGGCCAGCGUCCGGAAUCCCGGGGCCUAAAGGCAGAGCCCCCGCCCCGCCCCGUCCGGAUCAUUGGAGGGGAGAGAGCCCGCAGUUUGGGGAGGGGGAGAGCCGGGGGGAGCGCCCCACGCCGCGGCCGCUGCCCAAAGCCCGCGGGCAUCGGCGGCUCUCCCCCUCCUGCCGGGACGACUGGAGCGACGAAGGCCAAGGACCCUUCUUCAGCCUCCGCGCCCCCCCAGCUCCUGGCUCUGGGACUGGCCCAGGAGGCGACACUCCCCACCCCCACCCUCAGCCCCGGAGAGGAGAGACUGUCCUUCCCCGCUCCCGGGUGCAGGGCCCGGCCCUGGCCCCAGGCUGCGAGUGCCCCUCUGGCUCAGGGAAGGGCCUGGCCAGCCACAACUUCUUUGCUCCCACACUCCCCCCCCUCGGCCUCUGCACCCUGCAGCUCCCACCCCUGCAUAUUCAUUUGUAUCUCCCUGGCCCCCGGCCAGCCCCUCCGUCUCUGUCUCCGGAUCCAGGCCUCCCUCCCUGACAUGGAGAGUAACCUGUCUGGCCUGGUGCCCGCUGCCGGUCUGGUGCCUGCGCUGCCACCGGCCGUGACCCUGGGGCUGACUGCGGCCUACACCACCCUGUACGCCCUGCUCUUCUUCUCCGUGUAUGCCCAGCUCUGGCUGGUGCUCCUGUACGGGCACAAGCGUCUCAGCUACCAGACGGUGUUCCUGGCACUCUGUCUGCUCUGGGCUGCCUUGCGCACCACCCUCUUCUCCUUCUACUUCCGAGACACCCCCCGAGCCAACCGCCUGGGGCCCCUGCCCUUUUGGCUUCUCUACUGCUGCCCUGUCUGCCUGCAGUUCUUCACACUGACGCUGAUGAACCUCUACUUUGCCCAGGUGGUGUUCAAAGCCAAGGCGAAACGUCGGCCGGAGAUGAGCCGAGGCUUGCUGGCUGUCCGAGGGGCCUUCGUGGGCGCCUCGCUGCUCUUUCUGCUGGUGAAUGUGCUGUGUGCGGUGCUGUCCCGCCGGCGCCGGGCACAGCCCUGGGCCCUCCUGCUGGUGCGUGUCCUGGUGAGCGACUCCCUGUUUGUUAUCUGCGCCCUCUCUCUUGCUGCCUGCCUCUGCCUUGUUGCCCGGCGGGCACCCUCCACCAGCAUCUACCUGGAGGCCAAGGGGACCAGUGUGUGCCAGGCAGCUGCGAUGGGCGGUGCCAUGGUCCUGCUCUAUGCCAGUCGGGCCUGCUACAACCUGGCGGCCCUGGCCUUGGCUCCCCGGAGCCGGCUGGAUGCCUUUGAUUAUGACUGGUACAAUGUCUCUGAUCAGGCGGACCUGGUGAAUGACCUGGGGAACAAAGGCUACCUGGUGUUCGGCCUCAUCCUCUUUGUGUGGGAGCUGCUGCCCACUACCCUGUUGGUGGGCUUCUUCCGGGUGCACCGGCCUCCACAGGACCUGAGCACCAGCCGCAUCCUCAAUGGGCAGGUCUUUGGCUCCCGUUCCUACUUCUUCGAUCGGGCCGGGCACUGCGAGGAUGAGAGCUGCUCCUGGGAGCACAGCCGGGGCGAGAGCACCAGGUGCUGGACCCAGGCAGCCACCACCACAGUCUCUACUCCACUCCACAGACGUGAUCCCCUCCACCUGUCCCCAGAACACUCAGACCCCAGUCCCUCCUCCCCAGGCCCCUGUGCCAAGUUCAUCUGCUGCUUCUUGCCCCGGACCCCAGGGGCUGUGGCCACCUCCUCCCUGGCCAGCUCCUUGCUACUUCUGUUGUAGUGAGUCUGUGCUGAUGGGGGCACGGCCCUGCCUGCCGGAUGCGCACGGCACCCUGGCAUGACCUGCCACCUCCACUCCUGUGCUGGAGCCAGCUACCUCUCCUGUGUCUGCCACCAAUAAACAGUGUCUGUGCCCCAUG